GCUGAAGGUAAGUUAUUGACCAAAAAGCAAAAGGAAGAAAAGAAGUUGCAAGAACGUCGUCGUCAACAAUUAUUACAAGCCGGUAACAUUACUAUUGCUGGUUUAGAAAAGUCCGACGAAGCUCCAAAGCCAAAGAAGGUUGUCUACACUAAGAAGAAGUCUACUAAGCCAAAGACUUUUAUUCAAAAACCACAAGCUUCUAAGGUUGAAGAAAAGAAGGAAGAUGAAGAUGAUGAAGCUUUGAUUGAUGAUUGGGAAAAGAUGGCUUUGGACGAUGACGAACCACUUGCUGAUGAUUGGGAGGCUGCUUUAGACGAUGAAGCUGAAGCCCAAGAGGAAGAACCAGAAGCAGAAGAAGAAGAAGAACAAGAAGACGACGAUGAAGCUGAAAUCAAGGCUAAAGAAGAAGAAGAAGCUGCCGCUAAGGCCGAAGCUGAACGCCAAGCCAAGAUUGAAGCUGAACGUAAGGCCAAGGAAGAAGCUGAACGUAAAGCCAAGGAAGCUGCUAGCAAGGCUACCGUCAAGGCUGCCACUCCAUCCGACAAGGACUUGCGUUCUCCUAUUUGUUGUAUCUUGGGUCAUGUCGAUACCGGUAAGACCAAGUUAUUAGAUAAGAUUCGUCAAACCAAUGUUCAAGGUGGUGAAGCUGGUGGUAUUACCCAACAAAUUGGUGCCACUUAUUUCCCAGUCGAAGCCAUUAAACAAAAGACUGCCGUUAUGGCUCAAUACGAAAAGCAAACAUUUGAUGUUCCAGGUUUGUUAAUCAUCGAUACUCCAGGGCACGAGUCCUUCACCAACUUAAGAUCUCGUGGUUCUUCCUUAUGUAAUAUUGCCAUUUUGGUUAUUGAUAUCAUGCAUGGUUUGGAACAACAAACUCUUGAAUCUAUUAGAUUAUUAAGAGACAGAAAAGCCCCAUUUAUUGUCGCUUUGAACAAGAUUGAUAGAUUAUAUGAUUGGAAGGAAAUUCCAAACAACUCCUUCAGAGACUCUUUUGCCAAGCAAGCCAAGUCUGUUCAAGCUGAAUUCCACAAUAGAUAUGAACAAAUUAAGUUGGCUCUUGCUGAACAAGGUUUGAACUCUGAAUUAUAUUUCCAAAACAAGAACAUGGCCAAAUACGUUUCUAUUGUCCCAACUUCUGCCGUCACCGGUGAAGGUGUUCCAGAUUUAUUAUGGUUGUUGCUUGAAUUGACCCAAAAGAGAAUGUCUAAGCAAUUAAUGUACUUGUCCAAGGUUGAAGCUACUAUUUUGGAAGUUAAGGUUGUUGAAGGUUUUGGUUACACCAUUGAUGUUGUGUUAUCCAACGGUAUUUUGAGAGAAGGUGACCGUGUUGUAUUAUGUGGUUUGAACGGUCCUAUUGCUACAAAUAUCAGAGCGUUGUUGACUCCACCACCAUCGCGUGAAUUGCGUAUUAAGUCUGAAUAUAUCCACCAUAAAGAAGUCAAGGCAGCCUUGGGUGUCAAGAUUGCUGCCAAUGAUUUGGAAAAGGCCGUUGCUGGUUCUAGAUUAAUUGUUGUUGGUGAAGAUGACGACGAAGAAGAAAUUAUGGAUGAAGUUAUGGAUGAUUUAACCGGGUUAUUAGAUUCUGUUGAUACUUCUGGUAAGGGUGUGGUUGUUCAAGCAUCUACUUUAGGUUCUUUGGAAGCCUUGUUAGAUUUCUUGAAGGAUAUGAAGAUUCCAGUUAUGUCUAUUGGUUUAGGGCCAGUAUACAAGAGAGAUGUGAUGAAGGCUACUACCAUGUUGGAAAAAGCCCCAGAAUUAGCCGUCAUGUUGUGUUUUGAUGUCAAGAUUGACAAGGAAGCCGAACAAUACGCUGAUGAACAAAACAUCAAGAUCUUCAAUGCUGAUAUUAUCUAUCACUUGUUUGAUGCCUUCACUGCUUACCAACAAAAAUUAUUGGAAGCUCGUCGUAAAGAGUUUAUGGAAUAUGCGGUGUUACCAUGUGUAUUGAAGACCAUUCAAAUUAUCAACAAGAGAAACCCAAUGAUUAUUGGUGUUGAUGUUGUUGAAGGUGCUGUACGUAUUGGUACUCCAAUUUGUGCUGUUCGUACCGACCCAGUCACCAAACAACCAAAUGUUAUGGUGUUGGGUAAGGUCACCUCUUUGGAAGUUAACCACAAGUCAGUUGAUUCUGUCAAGAAGGGUCAAACUGCUGCUGGUGUGGCUAUGAGAUUGGAAAACCCAUCGUCUGCUCAACCAACCUGGGGUCGUCAUGUUGAUGAAACUGAUAACUUAUACUCAUUAAUUUCCCGUAGAUCUAUUGAUACCUUGAAGGAUCCUGCAUUCAGAGAUACAGUUUCAAGAGAUGACUGGUUGUUGAUUAAGAAGUUGAAGCCUAUUUUCGAUAUUAAGUAAUGAUGACGUUUGCAUUGUUUAUAACUUUUUCUAUAUACAUAUUACUGUUACUCUAAGUGUACAAUAGCUAUGUAGGUAUGGACAUGGUAUGGUU